GGUAAACAGUUUCCUUAAAUUUCCCAAUGGACCCGCGGUUUAGCGCACAAGAUGUCCUGCGCUGUGACCUUUGUGAGACUCCUGUUCCUCCAAUGUACUGUGACUUUUGUCAUGUCAAACUCUGUAAGGCCUGUGUAGGGGAGCAUCUCUCUGAUUUAUCUAAAGACCAUAAAGUGGUGCCAUACAAACAAAAGGGAACUACACCUAAAUAUCCAAGAUGUUCAACCCAUGUAGGAAAAAUUUGCGAUCUUCACUGUGAGCAUUGUGAUGUACCUGUUUGUUCGCUUUGUCUUUCAUCAAACUUUCACAAAAGACGUAAUUUAUUGAAUUUACUGGAGGUAAAGAAAUCCAAAGAAAAUGCCAUAGAAAAAGAUGUCCACGAAUUAAUUAAUUCCGUAUACCCUAAAUAUGAAGAAAUUUUAGUAGAGAUAGGGAGAGAGAAAACAAAGAGUGAAAAACAUUAUGAGAAAUUGACAACAGCUGUCACCAAACAAGGAGAGGACUGGCACAGAAAAAUUAAUAUCAUUGUCAACAAACAAAAAUCUGAAAUUGAUGAAAUGAAAACUAAACACUUGGCUCUUCUAAAUAAACAAGAAACGGAAAUUAAACAAAUCACUUCUGAUAUAAAACAGUGCAUGAAUGAUUUCAAGAACAUACUGGGUUUAAAUGAUGUCUCCCUAACAUUUGGAUACAAAUCCAGGAAUGCUGAGUUUAGAAGAUUAUAUCCUAAAGUCAAUGUAUCAUUACCAAGUUUCUCUCGUCAUCAGAUCAACACAGAACAAAUCAUUCAAAUGUUUGGUUCACUGUCAGCAUUAUCCAUUACAACAGAAGAACAUGACUACCCAGUGAAGACACCAAAACCUGUAUCCUGCUCUCCAGUCAAACCACUGCUUGAUGAACCAGAGCUCAUCACCACCUUAGACACUGGGAAUAAUAGUCUACUGUACAGUGUUAACUGUCUCAGUGAUGAAGAAAUCUGGACAUGUGGAGAUGACAAAUUCAUUAGACGCUACAACCAUCAAGGCAGACUUCUGAAGUCAAUCCAAACCAAGUCAGGGAACAGACCACGUGACAUAGCAGUGACAAGGAGUGGAGAUCUAGUUUAUACUGACCCUAACACAAAAACUGUUAACAUAGUGAAGAAUAAACAGAUACAGGAAGUGAUCAGACUACAGGGGUGGACACCUUACAAUGUCUGUAGUACCUCCUCUGGUGACCUCCUGGUUACCAUGGGCAGUGAUGAAGAACAAACAAAAGUUGUCUGUUACUCUGGCUCCAAAGAGAAACAAAGCAUUCAGUUUGAUAGUGAAGGUAAACCUCUGUAUUCAUCUGAUUACUUUAAAUACAUCAGUGAGAACAGGAACCUGGAUAUCUGUGUGGCUGACAGAAAAGCGGGUGCAGUAGUGGUGGUUAAUCAGGCAGGAAAACUCCGAUUUAGAUACACUGGUGAUCAACCUAUUACCACGGGAUCAUUCGUUCCACGCGGCAUCACAACAGACAGCCAGAGUCAGAUCCUGACAGCAGACAGCUACAACCACUGUAUCCACAUCCUAGAUCAGCACGGACAGUUCCUCCGUUACAUUGAUAACUGUGAUUUGUACUUCCCAUGGGGUUUAUGUGCGGACACCAGAGACAACCUCUUUUUAUUUUCCCCCUAUACAGAAUUUAAAGUUUCCUUAAUUUUCUCAAUGGACCAGCGAAUCAGCGCCCAAGAUGUCCUGCGCUGUGACCUGUGUGAGACUCCAGUUCCUCCAAUGUACUGUGACUUUUGUCAUGUCAAACUCUGUAAGGCCUGUGUAGGGGAGCAUCUCUCUGAUUUAUCUAAAGAGCAUAAAGUAGUGCCAUUCAAACAAAAAGGAACUACCCCUAAAUAUCCGAGAUGUCCAACCCAUGUUGGAAAACUUUGUGAACUUCACUGUGAGGAAUGUGACCUUCCUGUUUGUUCACUCUGUCUUUCAUCCAACUUCCACAAAGGACAUAAUUUAUUAAAUUUACUGGAGGUAAAUAAAUCCAAAAAAGAGGCCAUAGAAAAAGAUGUUGAGGAAUUGUUAAAUUCAAUAUGCCCUAAAUAUGAAGAAAUUUCAGCAGAGAUACAUGAAGAAAAAGCAGGCCUGGAUAAGCCUUAUGAGAAACUGACAACAGCUGUCAUCAAACAAGGAGAAGACUGGCACAGAGAAAUUAACAUCAUUGUCAACAGACAAAAAUCUGAAAUUGAUGAGAUGAAAUCCAAACACGUAGCAGCUCUAAAUAAACAGGAAUAUGAAGUCAAACAGAUUACUUCUGAUGUAAAACAAAGUAUUCUUGAUCUCAAGAAAAUAUUGGAUUCCAAUGAUGUUUCUCUAACCUCUUCAUACAAAUCCAGGAACGCUGAAUUCAGAAAUAUGCCUCGUAAAGUCAUCGUUGCAUUACCAACUUUCUAUCCUCAUCAGAUCAACACAGACAAACUUUAUAAAAAGUUUGGUUCUCUGUCAGCAUUAUCGAUUGCAACAGAAGAAUAUGGCUGCACAAUGAACAGAGGAGAAUCUGUAUCCCGUCAAAUUAAACCACUGCUUGAUAAACCAGAGCUUAUCACCGCCAUUAACACUGGAUCUGACGGACUAAAAAGUGUUACCUGUCUCAGUGAUGAAGAAAUCUGGACAUGUGGAGAUGACAAAAUCAUGAAACUCUACAACCUUCAGAGCAAACUACUGAGGUCAAUUGAAACCAAUGCUGGAAACAUACCACGUGACAUAGCAAUGACAAGGAGUGGAGAUUUAGUUUAUACUGACUCUGAUACAAGAACUGUUAACAUACAUGUAGCUAAGAAUAAACAGAUACAGGUAAUAAUCAGACUACAGGGAUGGAUACCACAAUAUGUCUGUAGCACCUCCUCUGGUGACCUCCUGGUUACCAUGAACAGUGAAAAUGAAACACAAUCAAAAGUAGUCCGUUACUCUGGCUCCACAGAGAAACAAACCAUUCAGUUCGAUAGUGAAGUUAAACCUCUGUAUUCAUCUGGUUUCUACAGUAAAUACAUCACUGAGAACAGGAACCUAAAUAUCUGUGUGGCUGACUAUGGAGCCCAUGCAGUAGUGGUGGUUAAUCAGACAGGAAAACUCCGAUUUAGAUACACUGGUCAUAACUCUUCUACCAAGAGAUCAUUCCGUCCACGUGGCAUCACAACAGACAGUCAGAGUCAGAUCUUGAUAGCAGACAGUGUCAACGACUGUAUCCACAUCCUAGAUCAGGACGGAAAGUUCCUCCGUUUCAUUGAUAACUGUAAUCUCCAGCAACCAUGUGGUUUAUGUGUGGACACUAGAGACAACCUCUUUGCAGCUGAGUGUCGCUGCGGUAACGUGAAGAAAAUCAAGUACAUGAAAACAAGUUUGAAGGCCUAGUGUCCCUAUGCCCUAAAUUUCAUCCUCAGAAAUUAAAAAUUUCCAACAUUGAUUUAAAUCGCCAAUAAAAAAACCCUUUAUAUUCCAAUGAAAAAAAGUUGAAAGAACAAAGUGAGGCUCUCUUCCUCAUAAAUAAAUUUUGAAUCAUGUAUAUUAUGAAAUGAAGAAAAUGUUACACAGUAAAAAAGAAUAAAAGUUUUGUAAAUAUUUAUACAGUACUACAUGAGUGUUUGUCGAGGAAGAGGUGUGCGUACUAUAUAUUGUCAUGUACACUUAUAAAACAUUUUGUAUUAUAGCUAGGUCAUUUGUUCUUCUUAUGAUCUUAGGUUCAAGCCUUCUUUACAUCUUUGUGCAGAAUUUAUUCGAAUUUUU